GGGCUUGUUCGCGAGGCUGGCAGCGAUAAAGAGCAAAGCAACAAAUGAGCAAAUGUUGCGCGCAACGAAGUCAGAACGUUUCUGACGAAGCUCUCAGCAUCUUUGACGACCGCCAAAACUCCCUAGACUGGGCCGUGCAUACCGCCAUCUGGAAACGUAUUAGCGCCACUGUCGCCGCAACCAGCAUCUAGCUCAACUCAACUACCUCCCCCGUCGCAACUAGAAGCGAGUCUACCUUUCCGAUGGCUACUCGAACCCAAGCAAAUGGAGUCCUCUCUAUCGCCUCUUCUCAGACGACGGGUAACGGGAACAAGCCAGCCCCAGCCAAACCAGCAGCCGUCAAGCUGAAGAUUAUCAUCCGAAGACUGCCUCCUGGUCUCACACAAGAAGAAUUCACCACGAUUCUAGGGGAGGAGUGGAAGCUGGGCCAGGGAAAAGUUGACUGGUUUCGCUAUAAACCGGGCAAGGAUUCAAAAGACGCAUCUAAACCCUCCAAACCUUCUCGAGCAUACCUCCAUCUCACGAAUGAGAGCUACCUACUCAGUCUCUCCGAUGCUGUUAGAUUGGCAGUUUUUGAAGAUGCUACCAAUACAUACAAUAGUCUGUGUCUUAUCGGGCCUCCUUCUGUUGAAUUCGCACCCUAUGGCCGAAUACCCGCUGGGCGACGUCGUGUGGAUGCUCGUGCCGGCACGAUAGAUCAAGAUCCGGAAUUUAUGGCCUUCCUGGAAGACCUAGCAAAUCCAACUACUGGAAAGGAGAUCAACGCGGAUUCUUUACUUGACCCAAGUCCUUCAAAGCACGAGAAAGUUACGAUGACUCCUUUGGUUCAGGCUCUAAAGGACAAGAAAGCAAGCAAGAAUAAGGACGCUGCGGUAAAAGCCGCCAAGAAGCAGGAAGUUAAUAGCUCGAAGGGAAAGUCUGCAAAGGAAUCGGCUGCAGAAGAGAAAAAGAAAGGCAAGGAUGCGAAGACAGAUAGAUUGGUUGACAAGGCCACCAAGGAAGCUGUGAAGAUCUUAAACAGAGAAGCCGCUUCCAAGUCUGUAGCAGGUUCAUCUGCUACAUCAGAAGCAUCGGGAUCCGAGAGCUCUGCCACACCCAAGCUUGACCUAGGCAAAGUCCCAGGCCGACAAAGACAAGCCAUCGUAGCAGCACAUAUACGUAUGUUACAACGUGACCUUGGAUUGAGUCCAGCCCAAGCGCAUCGCCAGGUCAGACGCGAUAAUGCAGAUGCGCAGAAAGCGGAAAGGGCGGCUGCGGCUGCAGCUGCGACUGCAGAGAAGGGCAAGGAUAAUGGAGAUUCGACUCCUGCUCGCUCGUUACAGGCUCAGCCCGUCCCGACUGCUCCCAAAUCGACCCUGAAUCAAAAUUCCAACCGUAAAGGACGUGGUAAAGGAUCAUCCACUGAAUCGGAAGGAACCAAAUCAACGACAGCAAAUAACCCUCCUACUCCGAUGGUUUUGCUAAAGAAGCCUGACGCUCAAUCUACGGCAGCUUCAAGCUCGUCCUCUCAGCCUGCUAAAGUUGCCACUGCACCGCCAGCUGCUCGAAGACCACAGCAGAUAGCUACUCCCUCAGAAGGGGCUACACAAGCUUUCGUCAAGCAUGCCAAUCCUUCACAAGGUGUCACUGAAGCACUGCUGAAGGAAGCCAUGGAAAAGUUCGGUACAGUCACGACUGUUGAGAUUGAUAGAAGAAAGGGAUUCGCUUAUGUCGACUUUGCCGACACUGACGGUCUAAAGAAGGCCAUGGGUGCCAAUCCAAUUUCAGUGGCCCAAGGAACAGUUCAAGUCAUGCAACGCAAAGGUACAGCGUUACCUCCAGAGAAGAAAGCUAUCAAUCAAAUUCCAAAUGCCCCGGCAAGGGCUGGACGUGGAGGAAGAGGUGGUAACGGCAGUGGAACUGUCGGCAGACGUGGUGGGAGGGGUGGAGCGAGAGGCGGUGCUGGCUCUAGUGAAUCCAUGAAGACUCCUCCGGCGCCUACAGGGCCAUCAAAGUGAAAGACGAUAAGACGACCCAUGCAGACUACCUUACUUCAUCUCGAGCAAUCCACAUGCUUAAGCAUAAAAGUUCACUCGGCCAGAUGCUCUAUUUCAGAGCUUCAAAUAUAUCAAUUGCUCUGAGCCAUGAGCUUUGCGUCGAACGUAGCAAGACACGCCUUGCAGAGGCAAGAUUGGAGACCACACUUACGCGUUCGCUGUAUCUUCCAUGAAAAUUUUCACCCUCUGCGAAAGAUUAUAGCCCGAAUCAUGGUGUUGGAAUAUGCGUUCAAGAGGGUUAAAGACUUUCGCAGUCUACGAAAUUGUCCCCAACUUGCAGAAUGAAUAAGCGGGCCAUGUUAGGAGACAGCAAUUUACAAGAUCAGCGAGUCUAGCAGUGAAGGACGAAUUCUAUUUGUUUGACGCUCGAUUUUCUUAUGUUCCCAGGCAUAGAAAUACAAGCAAUUGAUUUACAUACGGAUCCAUUUCUUCAACCUCGUUCCUUUCAUGGAUUUAUCGAAUGCAAACUCAACUACGAAGCUCCAUCUUGACAGCUUAGUAUGAUACUCGCAGAGGCUCUAACAUCAGCUUGGCAAUGUGAAAAUCUUAUGGCAAGUCAGUCUCUACUACUUCGUUCAUAGGAGGAGUCCAGCCGAUUUCCGAGGGCAGACAGACAACCGAUCAACUUCGAUGCUCGCCCAUUAUUCGGUAUCAUGAGUUAGACAGACAUCAUAUUCAGACUCAUGUCCAGACAUAGCGCACUACCUAGCUAGGGGUGUGGGAGUCAUCCAGAGGCCACGGCCAGUGUCAUCCUAGACCGAUCUCCUGUGUUAUUUUUGACGAACAGUAUUGUUUUCCUCUAAAAUGCCGUCCUCUCUCGAUCAGCUCGAGGGCUAAACUGCCACGCAUAUCGAACGACAGCUGCUUGGAGCCCCAUGCCUCUUUGAAUUUGCAAAGGUUAUGGGCCUAAUUGAGGACCAUAAGCUUAUAUCAAACAAAGUUCCUGUCAUUCUCGAUUGGGCAUAUGCUCGCAACUCCAAUUUCAUGCAACAAGCCUGACUUAUGCGUGCUCAAAAGUCUCGAGUCAUGUACCAAGCAGCUUUCGCAAGAGUGUUGAAUCAUCGAUAUGGGUAACCGGCUGUCUAGUAAUUUACUCGAGCCGGCCGGCGUUGUGGCUUUUGGUCGUGCUCACUGCCCGAUAGAGUUUGCUCAGUGGUCGGACCUCGUGACACAAGAGUGAUGACCGUCAACAGAGUUUGGCGAAUGUUUGCGAUGAUGGAGGCCUGGCAAUGUUCUAGGCUUGCCUCAGUUCUGCCGGCCCUUGUGAAUGCUCUUGAAGAAUAGGUAAAAUUGCAUGUUCUAUUUACAGCUUCUGAGCUUCAGGGUCCAGUUUCCCCCUUGGGCCGAUAUGUUUCAGUUAUUAUUGAAAUCCACCAGAAUUCUUAGCUUCUCCUGUUGUGAACAUACAACGGUCCGAUGGCUCGAGGCCUAGAGUCCCAUGUGGCUCGGGCACGCCUCAACCAGGAUGGAAGGUCUUCCCAGCUCCCUGGACCAUCAUCUUUCUUCUUUCCCUCGUUUCUUCUGUCGGUUGUUCAUUGUUGAUCUGGAGGACCCGAUUUGGAUCUUUUCACAUCCAGCCAUAAUCGGCUUUGUCCACCAGCUUUGCGUGAGAAAGUCAUUGGAGUAGGUGGUGGCAGUAAGACAUCGCACUUGGCCUAGCUGCAGUGUUUCUCUGCCAAGGGAUGAGGCAUCGUAUCAUAUCAUAUCAUAUCUUUUCAAAAAUCUAUUUCUCCAGCGUGCAUUUGAAGGCUGUCGAGAGCAAUCCAACACGCAUUCGUACUCGCAUGUACCCGGCAUCGAUAUCAGUCAAACUUGAAGCACAAGAAUGUUCCGGGUUGCUGGGGAGUAAUCCCUUUUCUCCUGGGCGAUCACCAUCCGCCCACAACCGCACGGUCAACAGGCGGAGCUCAGCUCCAGGUGCAUUGUGCACAGUGCACAGUACGCUCCGCAUCGCUGCAUUUCGCCGCCACCCCAGCCACUGAGUGUAUUUGAGCCAGCGCAGCGGGCAGCUCUGUGGUUUGAGUUUGCGCUACGGUUGAGACGGGGAAGUCUACUCAUCUACUCAGCCUACUACUGUAGCCUCUCACACUGAACCUCUCAGCGCCAUGUCACCGAGCUGGGGAGCUGGGGAGCUGGGGAGAUGCCGCUUUCUCGAUAGGCGUCCCAGUUGCCAGCAAACCCCAUCUGGUUUCCGCUCGUGGCGAUCGGGCGCGUUUAGCGUCAAGGACCCUGAUUUGCGACCCAUAGAAAAGUGACCAUUACUCGCUGGACCGCACCGCACCGCAC